CUGAGGUGCUUCACAUCACUCGCUGGCUGGACACUGCUGGGUGCUGCUUGCUUCACUGUCUGGGGCUGCCUCUACUUGUGCCUCUCUCCUUUUCCUUCCCCAAGAUCUGCCGAUACGAACGCUCCCGGCAAGGUCACAUGUGGAAGCAAGGAAGAGAACCAUCGCGCCGGCUGGGUGGACGUGGCCAUAACAACACUGACAGCUGACCGGGGCGGCACGUCAUGAUCGGUUCCUUCAAGCAAAUUAAAAAGGACGAGGAGGAUGGGGGCGGAAACCCGUACCACAGCACGGACAAGACGUCUGUGCUGCAGGAGGCGCGGGUGUUCAACGAGACACCAGUGAACGUGAAGCGCAGCACCCAUGUCCUCACCAAGAUCCUGUACCUGCUGAACCAGGGCGAGACGCUGGCCACCAAGGAGGCCACCGACGCCUUCUUUGCCAUGACCAAGCUUUUCCAGAGUAAUGACCUGGUGCUGCGCCGCCUUGUGUACCUCGGCAUCAAGGAGCUGUGCAACAUUGCAGAGGACACCAUCAUUGUCACCUCUUCCCUUACCAAGGACAUGACCGGCCGGGAGGACCAGUACCGGGCACCCUCCAUUCGGGCCCUCUGCCGGAUCACUGAUGCCUCCAUGAUGCAAGCCAUUGACCGCUACAUGAAGCAGGCCAUCGUGGACCGUGCCCCAGGAGUGAGCAGCGCUGCCCUGGUGUCUUGCCGCCACAUUCUGAAGGAGUCCCCAGAGGUGGUGAAGCGCUGGGUCUCUGAGGUGCAGGAGGCCCUCAGCUCAGACUGUGUGAUGGUGCAGUUCCACGCGCUGGGGGUACUACACCAGCUCCGCAAAUCAGACAAGUUGGCUGUGACCAAGCUGGUGUCCAAACUUACCUCCUCCAGCCUGCGCUCACCCUAUGCCAUCUGUCUCCUGAUACGUAUUGUUGCGCGGCUCAUUGAAGAGGAUGAAAUUGGCUAUGACUCCCGACUGUCAGACUUCCUGGAGUCCAUGCUGCGCCACAAGGCUGAGAUGGUGACCUAUGAGGCAGCCAACGCCAUCGUUACCCUCAAGCGCUCUUCAGCUCGGGACCUUCCCCCGGCCAUCUCUGUGCUGCAGCUCUUCCUGUCCAGCCCCAAGCCCACCCUCAGGUUUGCAGCAGUGCGCACCCUGAGCAAGGUAGCAAUGACACACCCCAAUGCUGUCACUGCCUGCAACCUGGACCUGGAAAACCUGAUCCAGGAUGUGAACCGGUCCAUUGCCACACUCGCCAUCACCACCCUUCUCAAGACAGGCUCAGAAGGCUCUGUUGACCGUCUCAUGAAGUCCAUCUCCUCCUUCCUCAAUGAUAUAUCAGAUGAGUUCAAGAUUGUGGUUGUGGAGGCACUGCGUUCCCUGGCACUGAAGUAUCCAAGGAAGCAGGCUGUGCUGAUGGGCCAGCUGGCAGACAUGCUGCGCAGCGAGGGAGGUCUGCCUUACAAGGAGGCCAUUGCCAGCACCAUCAUCACCAUCAUUGAGGACAACCCUGAGGCCAAGGAGAAGGGGCUGGACCACCUGUGUGAGUUCAUUGAGGACUGCGAGCACACCACCCUGGCCGUGCGCAUCAUCCACCUGCUGGGGCGGGAGGGACCACGCACACGCCAGCCAUCAAGGUACAUCCGCUUCGUGUACAACAGAGUCAUCCUGGAGAACGCAGCAGUCCGAGCAGCAGCAGUGUCGGUGUUGGCUAAGUUUGGAGCUCAGUGUGAGGGUCUGCUGCCCAACAUCCUAGUGCUGCUGCAGCGGUGCAUGAUGGACACUGAGGAUGAGGUGCGGGACAGGGCCACUUACUACCACGCCAUCCUGGCCACACGCGACUCAACCCUCAUCCACCGCUACAUCCUCAAUCCCCCUCAGUUUGCCCUGCCCAGUCUGGAGCGAGCAUUGGUCCAGUACCUGCAGAGUCCCGCUGUCGAGCCCUUUGAGACCCGCAUGGUGCCCACUGCUCCGCCACCACAGGAGGAGAAGAAGGCUCCCAGCAUCAUGGAAGUGGCACCUCCCCAGGAAGAACGCGUUGUCCCAACACAUGAAAAGUAUGCUGAGCAGCUGUCCGCCAUUCCCCAGUUUGCACACCUUGGCCCGCUGUUCAAGUCUUCAACGCCAGUGGAGUUGACAGAAGCGGAGACAGAGUACAUGGUCCGCUGCAUCAAGCACACCUUCCAGAACCACAUUGUCUUGCAGUUUGACUGCACUAACACCCUCAACGACCAGCUGCUGGAGUCUGUCAGCGUGGUGGUGGAUGGCGAGGGGUGGGUAGUGCAGACAUCCCUCCCCUGUGCCUCCCUGCCCUACUCACAGCCUGGCUCCUGCUAUAUCCUCCUGCCCAUUCCCGAAGAUAUCAUGUCCACUACUGGCACCCUCUCAGCAACUCUCAAGUUCACCGUCAGGGACUGUGAUCCAGCCACUGGGGAACCUGAUACAGAUGAAGGUUAUGAAGAUGACUACACGCUGGAAGAUGUGGAGAUCACUGUUGCAGACCACGUGCAGCGAGCAGCACGCAGCAACUUUGCAGCUGGCUGGGAGGAGCUGGGUGCCACCAAUGAGCUGGAGGACACCUUUGCCUUGUCUGCCAUGAGCACCCUGGAGGAGGCAGUGACACAGAUUACACAGUUUCUUGGCAUGCAUCCUUGUGACCGAUCAGACCGCAUUCCAGAGGGCAAGAGCUCCCACACCCUAUACCUUGCAGGCACCUACCGAGGAGGCCAUGAGGUAUUGGUGAGGGCCAAGCUUGCCCUGGCCGAUGGAGUCACCAUGCAGCUGACUGUUCGCUCUGAUGAUCCUGAGGUUUCUGAGGUCAUCGCGUCAGCUGUUGGUUAAGGUGGUCAGCCAGGGGAGGAGUGUAGGUGUUGUCUAUAUGCAGAAAGAACAGGAUAUAUGUAUUGAAAUAUUUUCCCAUAGUAUCUAUGAACACACUGAAGCACUACGGUAGGGUUAAGUUGUGUUGUCUGUUAUUAUUAUUAUUAUUAUUAUUAUUAUUAUUAUUAUUAUUAUUAUUAUUAUUAUUUUUAUUAUUAUUAUGAAUGUGAUAUUCUUAAUCACUGCAAAGGGACCUUUUUUGUUUGCUUUAUGUUACAGUUUAUCUUAAAAAAGCCAAUGAAUAACAAUAUUAAAAUGGACUUCAAGGA